AUGUCGAGAAGCGCGAGAGCUUCCAAUCCUCCGACCUCAUUAAUUAAUCAACAACACCAUCUAUCCAAUAUUGACUUGGUAGAGGAGCUUUCUUCAAAACAACAGUUGAUCAUAUCUGAAUCUUCAGUAGCUUCGUUGUCAACACCUCCUCCCGACAAUCACCAGGUGUCACUUGACAAUCGCAAUCGACAAGAACCGAUUACCUACAUCGAUUUCGUCAAAAGGGUUUCUAAUAACGAAACGGUCCUACCAGAACGCCCGACUGGUCCAUUGCCUGAAUAUCGAAAGAAAGCCAAAGGAGGAGUAAUUUUGCACGGUACCAAUUACAUCAUGGACGGCUACGGAAGUUACAGCAGAGAGCCACCACUCGCUCGCUCACCAACUGAAAGAACAAAUUGGGCUGGACGUGAUGAUGGCUUCAGAAGUGUUAAGAUUGAACGCGACGAGGGAUUUAGAGGUACCAGACCUGACCGCGACCGUGAAUCAUUUCACCGUGGUAGAUCUCCUGUCGGUGGUGAUAGGCAGCGUCGAAACACACGCGACCGCGACCGCUCUAGAUCUCCUGUAGACCGUUAUGAACCUGUUGGUAGAGGAAGAGAAAGAGAACACGAUUACAGAUCGAGGGACCGCGAGGACCGAAGACGAGUGGCUUCACCCGCUCCAGCCAAUAUUGAUCGAUGGGUUCCUGGUCAAGAUUCAGGUCCCCCUCCUCCAAUUACUGUCAACCCACUUGCGGACCCAGUCAUCCUACCUUUUCAAGUAGGCUUCUCAUACUAUGGAGAAUGGUGGCGUACAAACGAAAAGAUCAAGGAAGAAAAGGAGCGUAUUAGAUGUCACAAGCGUGGUGAAAUUUUCAGACCUCGCGAAGAAGACCGCGAUACCGAAAAGGCACGCAUCCAAGUUGCUUAUGACGCGUACAAAGAAGAGCUCCAAGCCAGGAUGGCACGCACAUUUGUGCAGGAGCACAAAGGUGAACAAUGGUUCAUGGAAAGAUAUGUACCGGAGAUGCGAGACGCGUUACGCCUACAAGUCAACGAGUUCCGCCGCGGCAACUAUAGUCAAUGGGAACAAGACCUCGAAUCCGGAACUUUUGAUGAGUACUCUUUAGAAGGCAUUCCAAAGAGCGAAAGUAACGGAACGGGUGGAGUUGUUGAAAAAGAAGAGGGAGAAACAACCGCGGCCAACGAGGUUCUGGGUGUUGGUGACUUGGUUCCCUCUAGAGGUGGUGAUAUCCGAGACGAGAACGCUUUCCAACCCACAUUACUCAUCAAGACGAUUGCGCCACAUGUUAGCCGUUCGAACCUGGAAUCUUUUUGUAAGGAGCAUUUGGGCGAGGAUGAAGGCGGCUUCAAGUGGCUUAGUUUGAGUGAUCCAAACCCAAGCAAACGUUACCAUAGAAUUGGCUGGGUUAUGCUUCACCCUGCCCCUGAUUCGGUUCCCGUUCUUGAUCGACCUGAAAUCAAAGAUGAUGAGGAGGGGGAUGUCACUGCUGAACCAGCAGUCCCACUCACUACUGCCCAGAAGGCACUCGAGGCCAUCAAUGGAAAGACCGUCAAGGAUGAAGUCAGGGGGGAUUUCACAUGCCAUGUCGGUGUCCAUGUCCCACCCAAUCUCCCACGUAAGAAAGCGCUGUGGGAUCUAUUCUCCGCCCCCGAACGUAUCGAAAAAGACCUUGAUUUAGCCACUCGCCUCGUCAGCAAAUUUGAAGAAGAUUUCGGUUCAGACUUCAAUGCUGUCUUGAAGAUCGAGGAGAAAGUAGAUGAUCUAAAGAAUCAAGGCCGUCUCCAACCACCAGUGACAGCCCCUACUCCAAAGAAAAGCAAGGCAUCUAAGAAUGGUCUUGGUCUUGACGAGGCAAUGGAUGAAGGUGAAGAUUUCGAGGAGAUGGAGGAAGGGGAGGAAGAAGAGGAAGGCGCUUUCGAUUUCGAGGAUGUUGACGACGAGGAACUUCUCGUCAAGAAGAAGCAGCUUGAUCUCAUGGUUGAGUAUCUAAGACGUGUCUUCAACUUUUGUUUCUUCUGUGUAUUUGAGAGUGACUCAAUUCAUGAACUUACUCGAAAGUGUCCUGGAGGACAUCUUAGACGACCACGUAAUACUCUUACCACAUCGGCUAAAGCAGCAGCUCGCGCUAGUGCAUUGGGAGAUGUAUUCCCUGGAAAGGUCAAGGUUGAGGACAAGAUGGAUGUGGAUCCCUCCUCUCCGGAUGGUGAGCGCAAAAUCAAUCCACGAAACAAUAUUUCCAAGGCAGAACAACAACUUCAACGCGCUUUCAAUUGGGUCAGAACGUUUGAGGAUAAGAUUAUGCAAAUUCUGGAUCCAGAUAAUGUGGAUGUGCGAAAAUUGGGUGGAAAGCCAACCGAAGAGGCUCUGAAGGAAGAAUUGGUUAAAUUCGUCAAGCAAGAAGAUGACCACAAAUUCAGAUGCAGAGUUCCAGAAUGUACCAAAUUGUUCAAGGAGGAGCACUUUUGGAAGAAACACGUCGAAAAGAGACAUCCUGAGUGGCUAGAAAGCAUUAAGUCUGAUUUUGAUCUGGUCAAUACCUAUGUUCUUGAUCCUGCACACAUCGCUCCAUCGAGAUCAGAUGCCAACAGUAACGGGCAUUUCCCUCCAGCCAAUGGCCAUAUGCCAGCUGGUACUCCACGAGGCUUCAAUCUUCAAAACUUUGGCAUGAAUGGAAUCAAUCCUAUGACAGGCUUCACACCUUCUACCGGUUUCCCACCAUUCCUUGCCGGACAUGCUGUCCAAUCACCCAUGGGUUGGGUUAGUGGCUCGGAUAACCGUGGUCCUGGUCCCAUCAGAAGAGGUGCUGGUCGAUAUCAAACAAAUAAUCGAACUGGCCCUUAUGAUCGUCGACCCAAUCAGAAUCAUCAAAACCGUGGGGAUCCCAAUGCUGGUAGAUUAAGCCCUCUUACUGGUGGUGACCGUGGCGGUCGUGGAGGAGCACACCGUUUUGCGGGAGCUAAUGCCAAUCACCGAUGGGGUGAUGGAGUAGCACCGGGUGGUACAACUACCGGACCUCGGGAAGCAACAGCCGGUAGAAGCUUAAAAUCUUAUGAGGAUCUUGACGCUGUUGCUGGAGCUGGAUCCGGAGAAUUAAAUUAUUAAAUUCGAGGAAAGGAAUUGGGGUGAUUAAAAGUGAUAGAAAGAAAAUUGAUAUCUGGUGCUCAUGGUAAAUGAAUACCAUGAAGAAUCUGAUUGGGGACAUCGGAGAAAAUUUGGUAAUGGAAAGUAGCAGUUUGCGUUUGCUUUUUCAAACUUUCUUUUUGGCGUUAAAACACAUGUUGUGCAGGAAACAGUUGCUUUGUAUUUUUGAAAGCUUGCAUUAUUCAAUCGAGAGUCCUUUUUGCUGGUUACCUUCUUUGAUGUAUAUUAAAUUACGGACAUGGGCUCUUUCGUAUGCUUGUAUUCUUCAAAAUUAAUGAGAUAAAUUUGCAACAG